AUGACAAUGCUGGUUGUCCAGAAGAAAGAGGCCAAUCCUACAGACGAUCAGGCAAACUCAAGCUCACUUGAAAGUAAUGGGUCAUCAGGAGAAGACUCCCCCUACCAAUACCCUUCUUCGGCGCCAUUGCUUCUGCCUUCUACCUGCGUGCGCCUGCCUUCUUUAAAUGCUGGAGUGCUUUUUGCACCUAAAGUCUUCAAUCCCUCUUUUCUCCACUCCGCCUUGAGGCAUGCUCACUUGCCUUACUUAAUCUUAAUAGGAUCAAUCUACUUAAAUCCACUUCCAUGUGUUAAACAAAUCACUAUGCUUGUUUAG